AUGAAGAGGUUACGGGUGUCACAAUGGAACGGCCACAUGCGCUUCGCUGCCCGGCAAGGAGUGGCCGCUGUGCCUAGGCGGCACGCUCUCUCGAUAUCCGCACGCUGCCAAUCGACGACGACAGCGACGACCGACGCAUCCACCCUCACCGACGAUAUGGGCGCCUUUGCCCACCACACUCCUCUCCCCUCGCCGCCCCCUGCCCGAGCUCUCGAGUCGGCCAAGCUCGCGGCGCUGCACGCCCGCCUGGCGCUGCCCCAGUCGAUCCCCUUACAAACGAUAGCCCGCGCCCUCGUCACACCCACGGCGGACGGCAACCAAAACUUCAACAACGGCAGCCUCGCGGAGCUCGGCCGCUCCAUUGUCAACUACCAUGUCCUCGAGUACCUCGUCUGCAAGUGGCCGCGCCUGCCCAUUGCCAUACUCUACGAGGCCCUGCGCGCCUUUGCCGGCCGCGAGUCACUAGAGCAGGUCGCGCGCCGCUGGGGCGUCGAUGCCGCCGCCGCCCCCGGCGACGAGGUCGACCCGGGCCUGCUGCAGUGGAAGCCGGACCCUGUCGUGGCGCCCAACUCGCGAUGGGCCUACGUCCGCGCCGAGGCGGAGCGCGGCAACCACUAUCGCCGCGGCAUGAGCAGCCGCGUCGUCCUCGAUGACGCCUUUGGCGACGCCUACCAAGCGGCCGGCGAGGGCGAGCCCGGCGUGGCUAAGAUGCAGGCGGCCGCGUACACGUCGUUUGUCGAGGCUGUCGUCGGUGCAAUCUACGCACACUCGGGCGCCGAUACGGCCAAGACGUUUGUCAAGUCACAUAUCCUGUCGCGCGACAUUGACCUCGGCCGCAUGUUUCAGUUCCAGCUGCCGACGCGCGAGCUGGCCAUGCUGUGCGCCCGCGAGGGCUUCGAGGCGCCGCGCGCCCGCCUGGAGAGCGAGACGGGCCGCCGGUCACGCACGCCCGUCUUCAUCGUGGGCAUCUACAGCGGCGACGAGAAGCUCGGUGAGGGCGCCGGCGCCAGCCUCGACGUCGCCCGCCGCGUGGCGUCGAUGAACGCCCUCAAGGCGUGGUACAUGUACAGCCCCGGCAACAAGGUCCGCGUACCGAGCGACAUGACCCAGCCCGACGCCAAGCCCUGGAAGGCGCCGCACAUUGAUAUCGGCGAGAUUAUCUAA